UCCUUUUGAUUCAACUCUUGCUGCUGAUACGGUUCACGAGAUCAACUGUUUCUGUAAUGUAGCUUUAUGGAUGACGGUUUUGGGAGUAUCAAGGUGAUUCCAGAUCAUUUUCAAGUCUCAACUCCUCCAAGGGGUGACUCUCUUCAAAACAGUUCACCUGAUUCACCAUCAAGUACUGGAAAUUCUUCGAGGUCCCGUAGCAGUUUAUGGUCUCGGCGAAAAUUUAGAAAGGCUGCAUUCAUGUUGAAUCUGUUCAGCUUACGUGGCUUGUCAUUUAGUGGUGCUGAUGGUCAAGAAAAGGUUAAUUUGACUGCUGCGGAGUUGGAAUCACUAAGAUCAGAACUUGCCGAUAUAGAAGAGAGAGAAGCUCACUUGAGAGCUCGGUUGGAACAUAUUGAUGAAAUUUUACGGUCUGCGCGUCUUUCUGGCUAUUUGUACAUCCGAACAAGGUGGACAGCUUUACCUGGAGAACCUGCUCCUGUUGAUGAUGUUGAUAUUGAUGACUGGCUUCCUAGAUUUAUUUUUCUUCAUGGCCAAUGCAUAUUCUUCUAUUUAUCCUCCACAGAUUUGAGCCCUCAAGAUUCCACACUUCUGUCUGAUGUUGUUGAAGUAGGUUCUCUGCCAAGCUUUAUAAGAGAAGAUGAAGGGACACAAUAUGCCUUUUAUAUCUUAACUUGUCAAGGACUGCGUUACGAGUGUUCACAUGUUUCUAAAGUACAGGUGGACACCUGGUUAUCGGCUUUGCAGACAGACUGCAACUCUCAGAUUUUCAGAUCUGCUUCUAGAGCUGCGAGGUCUCUCCUUUCAUCUUCCAAGUCCUCUCGCUUUUACUCUGAAGGGCGAGCUGUAGCUGCUGCUGCUGCAGUUUCACUUAGCGGUAAAGUGCCUCUUUUAGCUUCGGCUUAUGCAAGUACUGCAUCUGCCAAUGCAUCAAGAGCAUGGCUUUCAGGAGUUCUUGCUCUUCCAAUGGCAGCUUACAUGCUUCAGGAGCAGGAGGUUCAUGCUGCAGAGAUGGAACGCACCUUCAUUGCAAUCAAGCCAGAUGGAGUACAAAGAGGGCUGAUUUCGGAAAUCAUAUCUCGUUUUGAGCGCAAGGGGUUCAAGCUUGUGGCCAUCAAGCUAGUGGUUCCAUCAAAGGAGUUUGCCCAAAAACAUUAUGAUGACUUGAAGGAAAGACCCUUCUUCAAUGGCCUGUGCGAAUUCCUCAGCUCUGGUCCUGUUCUUGCCAUGGUCUGGGAAGGAGAGGGAGUGAUCAAAUAUGGCCGGAAACUCAUUGGAGCAACCGAUCCUCAGAAAUCAGAGCCUGGCACCAUCAGAGGUGAUCUAGCAGUGGUUGUGGGAAGAAAUAUAAUUCAUGGGAGUGAUGGUCCUGAGACUGCCAAGAAUGAAAUCAACUUGUGGUUCGAGCCACAAGAAUUGGUUAGCUAUACAAGCAACGCAGAGAAAUGGUUGUAUGGAGAGAACUGAUGAGGCGUGUUAUAAUCAGUAGUUGAGGAAGAUUUAGUCCCACAUCAGGUGUGGGGUUGAGGCAGAGUUUUUGGAAUAAGAGCAUCUUUAUGGAGGCGAAACUACUUUGUUAUCAUUAAACUACCGCUCAAAAAACAAUCUCUUUUCUUUUCUCGGCAAUCUUAAAAAAAUAAGCAAUAAUCCUCUUACCUCCUUGAUAGUGGAAAUACUGAAAUUUUCGCAGUUAAUUAUUCCUCCUGAGGGAUACGAUUGUGAACUUGUUUUGCAAAUGGAAUGACAAUUAUAAUGUGUGUUUUUAGGUC